UUUACUGUCUGAGGGGACAGAAAUUUUUCUUUUGUUGUGUUUUACUGCCAGAGGCUGGAUCUGGGUUUGGUACUUUGUAGGUGUUCAGCAAACCCCUGUGGAGUGAGGGGAUGAAUAAACAGGCUUUGUCCUCUUUCUUGCAAAUUCAGGAGACUGUGCUUGCUUACCUUUCCAGGUCAGGUCAGAGGCUGAUGUCACCAAUGGAAAGCCUCCCUAAUGACCAAGUGCCACAUCCACGGUCACAACAGCAAUAUCUGCUGUGUCUCCCACCUCUGGGCUCAGGUGAGAGAGCAGUCGUUCUCACACAGGGGAGAUUUUACCUCCCAGAAGAUAUGGCCAUAGCUGGAAACAUUUUUGUUGUCCCCACUCAGGAAGGGGCAGGGCUGGCGCUGGAAUGCCAUAGAUAAGAGGCCAGGGACAUUGGCAGACAUCCCACAAUGCACAGACUUAUGCAGUCCAGCGAGUGGCAGUACCGAGGUUGAGAAACCCUGCAUUCGCAACUCUUGGAUUCGAAUCCUGGCUCUGCCAAAUGCCAGCAUUCUGAUCGUGAGCAAGUUAUGUGCACUUGGCCUCAGUUUCCUAAUCUGUCAAGUGGGGAUAAUGAUAGGACGCCACACUCUGUAGGAUUGUUGGUUGCCUCAAGCGCAGCUGAAGUGGAAUCAGGAAGUGGGGGGAUGAGGUCCGAAGGCUGGUGGGCGGAAUCGUGUUUGUGAUGUCCAUUGUGACUUGGUGGCUUACCCAAGGCUAGUUAGCAGUGCCAGGUUGUAAGGUGGGACUCUAGAACUUUAUUUUCUGGCUGGAUCAGCUGGAUGGGCCACUUUCUUCUCUUCAUGGGCCCUGUCCUAGAACCAUAUCCUCACCUGAACCUGUGACUCACUGGGCUAGGCCAGCAUUUGUGGGAGGUAGGGGAGGGCAGAUGUGACUUAUAAGUGGAGGAGAUCUGCCAGCUCGGAACCAUGUCCUAAAGUGUCUAUGCAGUGCACGGCUUCCUCUGAGCCCCCUCCGAGUGAGAAGCAGCAUGUGGACCCUGGCCCUGAUGUUCCUCGCAGCAGCCUGCUUGUUCUCACUGGGGGUCGCUCUGUGGGUCAUUUGCAGCCAUUUUUUCAUUAUGCACAUCCCUGCAGCGGUUGGCCACCCUGUGAAACUGAGAGUCCUCCAUUGCAUAUUCCAGCUGCUGGUGACAUGGGGGAUGAUUUUUGAGAAGCUCAGAAUCUGUCCUAUGCCCCAAUUUGUCUGUUUCAUGCAAGAUCUGCAGCUGCUGAAGUACGAUCCUGACGUUGUGGUUACAGAUUUACGCUUUGGGACAAUCCCUGUGAAGCUGUACCAGCCCAAGGCAUCCAGCUGCACCCUGAAGCCUGGUAUUGUGUACUACCAUGGUGGCGGGGGUGCCAUCGGGAGCUUGAAAACCCACCAUGGCAUAUGCUCUCAUUUGUGCAAGGAGAGUGACUCCGUGGUUCUGGCAGUUGGUUACCGCAAGUUACCCAAAUAUAAGUUUCCAGUGCCAAUAAGAGACUGCUUGGUGGCCACCAUCCACUUCCUGAAGUCCCUACAUGCAUAUGGAGUGGAUCCAGCCCGGGUUGUGGUCUGUGGUGACAGUUUGGGAGGGGAAAUAGCCACAGUGGUUUGUCAAAAACUUGUGAACACGCCAGAUCUGCCCCGGAUCCGGGCUCAGAUCCUGAUCUAUGCCACAUUCCAAGUCCUAGAUAUUCAAACCCCUUCCUUUCAACAGAGAAAGAACAUCCCGAUGCUUAACUGGAGCUUCACCUCCUACUGUUUUUAUCACUUUCUGGAUAUCAGCCCCUCCUGGCACGAGGUCAUCAUGAAAGGCGCCCAUUUGCCUACCAAAGUCUGGGAAAAGUACAGAAAGUGGUUGGGCCCAGAAAACAUCCCGGAGAGGUUUAAGAGGGGCUACCGACAGAAGCCCCACGAGCCCGUGAAUGAAGCUGCUUACUUGGAACUAAGUGUUGUCCUGGAUGUGAUGUGCUCGCCCCUGAUUGCAGAAGAUGACAUAGUGUCUCAGCUCCCAGAAGCUUGCAUUGUGAGCUGUGAGUAUGACAUCCUCCGGGACAGUUCACUGUUGUACAAGAAGAGGCUGGAAGACCUGGGAGUGCCUGUGACCUGGCACCAUGUGGAGGAUGGUUUCCACGGAGUGCUCAACACCCUUGACAUGAAAUUCUUGUACUUCCCCAGCUCCACGAGAAUUCUGAAUAUGUUAACCCAUUUUAUAAAGGGACUGUGACCAUCUUUCUUCUCUGCUGGGGCUGCAGUGUGGAUUCCACGGUCAUCCGGCCUCCCACAGGACUCUCUGUUGCUGAUUUAGGUGGUGCAUAGUGAGGCUAGGGAGCAGAUGGAGAUUGCUGUCGCCUUUCUGAUCUACGUUCUAGAACCACACAAUCUCCAGAGGACGCCAUAGAGAAGACAGCUUUGCAGGUGGGAGUGGGCGCUCUGUCUUUGGCCUCUAUUGGGAAAACCUGGGAGGCUGACAAUCUUCAGUGGCCAUUUGUGGGAGUUAAUCACAGGUAAGGACUAUUCUCAGCCUCCCUAAGGGGCAGUUCAGACUCUCCAACUCUCCAGAUUGAUCCAGACUGUGGGUGAUUUGUGUCCACUUGGCUGGACCUUGGAAUAGCACAAGAGGAUCACAUACAAUCUCAUGGGGCUUUCCCAAGGUGUCUCAGAGGCAGGAGCUCUGAUGCUCUAGGCUGCUGGGAGGUGGUGGUGGAGAAACUGGCUUUCACCCACUUUCUCUUCUGUGAACAGUAAUGACUUCCUACUGUUUCUAAGCCCCUGGGAUCAGAGUCUUGACUGCCUAGGCUGGAAAAGCUAAGACAGAAUGGACAGAGCUUCCACAGUGGUGGGCAUCUAGCAGUGAAUAAAGACGUUUUGCAGCUGCCUGACUUGGGGAGGCUUUGGAGCUCCUGGAAUCAAAGCCUGACUUCCAACCAGAAGCCCGAAAUCAGUGUUCUAAGAGUUUGAGGAGAGAAGCUGGGAGGGAGGUGGGGUCCUGAGUCAGAGACCCAUGAAGGCUGAGUCUAACCAGAUAACCCUGUCCACAGUGCAAAGUUAAGACAGCCAAAGGGACAGAAGAUGUAUUGGAGAGAACGAUUUCUUUUUUAAGACAUGGAACCAACUCAAAUUGACCUCCAUCAGAAAGAGAAUGGAUUGGCUUAGGUAGCAAUGCAUGCAAGGCAUCCAUCAGGCAAGGUUUGAUCUAGGAACUCACACAGUGCCAUCAGCUGUCCUGUCUUCUCUGUUCUGCUCUUCUCUCCUCUGUGUUAAUGCCACCUUCACCUCUCCAUACGGUGGUACUGAGCAGCUUCAUGCUUACCUUCUCCCAGGGUCAAGUUCAUUAUCAUGGACUUGCCUUAUUCUUAGCAGUCCCAGCAAAAACUUUAUUGCAACUUGAUGGCUUUGCUGGCUUUCUGAGCAAUGUGUCCAGUUGCCACAACCAAGGGAAUGGAAUGUUCUAGCUGACCACUCCCAAGUCAUAUGUCAUCCAGAAGUGGAGGGUGGAGUCAGUUCACCGUGGUGCUUGGACUAAGCAUGAAGUGGUGAGUGACAGCUUCCCUAACCGAAGAGUAAAUUACAGAAGCUAAACAGAACCCUCAGGCAGGGUAUGUGGAAGUGGCAAGACAUGUCAAGGUCCACUGGGCAAGUCGGCCAACUGCUCCUUAGGAAUGAAAAUUCAUUUGAAAGGAAUGGUCAGGCUCCCAUGCUUGACCCACCUGCUCUUCUGGAGGCUCUGAUCUUGGUUAGUUAAUGGUCUUUACAGGCUGAGGUCAAGGCGAUUGCACAAAAAACCCUGUGAAUGCCCUUAACUUGCUUUCAGUUGAACAUUUGGGCUGAACUAUGAGGCAGAGAGGAAUCCUGUAGGGUGGCUCCUUGCUCUGUUCACAGUUGGCCGGAAGGUGGUUUGUUGGAGAAAUAGGAAUCAUCCCCUGAAAACACACACUGUGGUAGCCACUCGACUGUUGAAGAGCACUGGAGUCCAAGGGGCGAGGCCACCUCUGAGACAGGCCUCUGAGUUGAGAAGUUUCACCUCUGCCUCUGGAGAUGUGUAGGGGAACAUGAACUGACCUUCUGGGAAGUUGGAGUGGCAAGGAGUUGCUGAGGCACUGCAGGGCCGUGCCCAGCAGAGAGGAAUGUAUAACAUUUUGAGAGGCUGAAAGCGCCCCUGAUUGGCCUCUUGCCCAUGGCAGCUGCCUUCUGCAGAUCGUGGGAGAAUCAAGCACUUUCACCUAAUGGCUGGAUGAUUGAUUUUGGGACCGAAUUCUCUACUCCUCUCCUUUGCCCCAUCACCACUAUCCUUCCUGCAAUCCAUCCAUGAGACUCAGUGAGUGAAAAAGGGAUAGGAUUGAAUGUUCACCCAGGGCCAGCUACACACUAGGCACUGUACUGGGCCAUUUAAAUGUGCCACCUCCUAUGUUCCUCACAUUAAUCCUACAGAGUAGGUACAGACACACCUAUGGGAUACUGCAGCUUCAGUUCCACACCACAGCAGUAAAGCAAGUCACAUGGAUUAUUUUGCUUCCCUCGGUGCAUAUAAAAGUUACAUUUUCACUAUAUUGUUGUCUGUGAAGUGUGCAAUAGCAUUAUGUCUUUAAGAAGCAUGUACACACCUUAGUUAAAAAUACCUUGUUGAUGAAAAAUGCUAACAAUCAUCUGAGCCUCCACCGAUUGCAGUAGUCUGGGCUACUACUGUCUCUGUGGCAUUUGCACAUUCUCCCCAUGUCUGCAUGGUUUUCUCUGAGUUUUCCAGCUUCAUCCCACAUUCCCAAGAUGUGUUACAUUCAUGGGUCUGUCUAAAUUGUUGUAAUCUUUUUGCUGGUUGAUGAUCUUUCCUUGAUGUUGAUGACUGCCUGGUGAUGCAGGUGGUGGUUGCUGAAGGCUAGGGCAAUUUCUUUCUCUUCUUUUCUUUCUUUCUCUUUUCUUGCUUUCUUUUUUCUUUCUUUCUCUUUUUCUUCUUUCUUUUCCUUCCUUCCUUCCUUUUCUUUUUCUUUCCUUUCUUUCUUUUUUCUUUUCUUUCUCUUUUUCUUUCUUUUCCUUCCUUCCUUCCCUUUCCUUUCUUCCUUUUCCUUCCUUCCUCUUUUUCUUCCUAUCUUUCAUUUUUUACAAGUGAACAUUUAUUUUUGUGCCUUUCUUCUUAUGUGUAUUUCAAGUCUUUUUCACAACAAGGCCCCAGGAAUCUCCAGAUUCAGUUACCUGCCUGCGCUUGGUUGACUGCUGCAGAAGUCUUAGGGAGCAUUGUACAAAUGCUAGAAUUACUCAUUUAUCAACAUAAAGCCCCAGGAUAGAAGAUGCAACAAAGCAGGACUCCUUCCUCCAUGGAAUGUGCUGAUUUCCGACAAGGUGGCAGCCAAUGUAGAAAAUGCUGGAACUUUUCCUUGGAACUGGACUGUGAUGAGAGGUGCUUGGCAUGAACAUAAGCUACUGUCUUUUCUUUUUUCUUUUAAGAUGGAGUUUCACUCUUGUUGCCCAGGCUCGAGUGCAUUGGCGCGAUCUUGGCUCACCACAACCUCCGGCUCUGGCAAUUUCUUUUUCUUUUCUUUUUCUUUUGAGAUGGAGUCUCACUCUUGCUGCCCAGGCUAGAGUGCAGUGGCGUGAUCUUGGCUCAGUACAACCUCUGCCUCCCGGGUUCAAGCGAUUCUCCUGCCUCAGCCUCCCAAGUAGCUGGGAUUAUAGGCAUGAGCCACCACGCCUGGCUAAUUUUGUAUUUUUAGUAGAGACGGGGUUUCUCCAUGUUGACCAGGCUGUCUCGAACUCCUGACCUCAGGUGAUCUGCCCAUCUCGGCCUCCCAAAGUGCUGGGAUUACAGGCGUGAGCCACCACACCCAGCCCUUGGCGAUUUCUUAAAAUAAGACAACAAUGGAUUCGUCACAUCAAUGGACUCUUUCUUUCAUGAAAGAUUUCUCUUUAACAGACGAUGCUGUUUGAUCGCAGUUUACCCAGAGUAGAAUUUCUUUCAAAACUGGAUUCGAUCCUCUCAAACCCUCAUGCUACUUUAUCAACUAAGUUUAUGCAAUAUUCUAAAUCUUCUCUUGUCAUUUCAACAGUGUUCAUAGCACCUUCAUUAGAUUUCAUCUCAAGAAAUCACUGUUUUUGCUUAUCUGUAAGAAGCAACUCCUCAUCUGCCCAAGUUUGUUCAUGAGAUUACAGCAAUUCAGUCAUCUUCAGGCUCCACUCCUAAUUCUAGUUCUCUGGCUGUUUUCACCACAUCUGCAGUGACAUCUUCCACAGAAGUCAUGAACCCCUCAAAGUCAUCCAUAAGGGUUCACAUCAACGUCUUCCAACCUGUUAAUUCUGAUAUUUUGCCCCCCUCCCAUAAAUCGUGAAUGUUCCUCAUGGCAUCUGAAAUGGUGAAUUCUUUUUAGAAGUUUUCCAAUUUACUUUGCAGAGAUCCAUCAGAGGACUUACUGUCUAUGACAACUAUAUAACCUUACAAAUUGUAUUUCUUAAAUAAUUAGACUUGAAAGUCAAAAUACUCUUUGAUCCAUAGGCUGCAGAAUGGGUAUUGUGUCAGCAGGUGUGAAGACAACAUUAAUCUUGUACAUCUCUAUCAGAGUUCUUGGGUUACCAGGUAGGUGCCUUGUCAAUAAGCAGUAAUAUUUUCAAAGAAAUCUUUUAUUAUGAGCAGUAGGUCUCAACAGUGGACUUAAAGUAUCUAAUAAACCAUGUUGUAAACAGAUGUGCUGGCAUCCAGGCUCUUUUGUUCCAUUUGUAGAGCACAGGGAGGAUAGAUUUAGCAUAAUUUGCUGGAUGCAGUGGCUCACGCCUCUAAUCCCAGCAAUUUAGGAGGCCCAGGUGGGUGCAUCACCUGAGGUCAGGAGUUCGAGAUAGCCUGGUCAACAUGGCAAAACCUUGUCUCUACUAAAAAUACAAAAAAAAAAUUAGCUGGGCAUGGUGGCGGGUGCCUGUAAUCCCAGCUACUCAGGAGGCUGAGGCAGGAGAAUUGCUUGAACCCGGGAGGCAAAAGUUGCAGUGAGCCAAGAUUGUGCCACUGCACUCCAGCCUAGGUGACAGAGCGAGACUCAGUCUCAAAAAAAGAAAAAAAGAUUUAGCAUAAUUUUU